GGUUCGCGCUGGAGGCACGUGAUUGGUCCUGAUGGUACCCUUCUGUUCUGAGCGUACCGGCUCGACGAAAAUCCAUCUGUACAACUAAAUUUGUGAACUGCAACUUCAAAACCAACUCUCUUGCCUAGCUGCAAGUUUUUUACUAUCGACUUUCAGGCCCAGUCCCUUGUUUGAAAAUUCAAAAAUAGGUCUGUGGCCACCAUAAGCUUCUGUCUUCAUCCACCUCCAUAGAUAUUAAAUGCGAAGGGAAGGAAUAUGGUUGAAGGUAGGAAGGAGCUUUAAUGUGCACAGCACAGAAGAAAGAAGUAUGCCCCCUGCAAAAGGGUAUCCACAGCCCAUAACCAAGAUCUUUCUCAUGCUGUGAAAUCCUGAUUUCUUCUUCUUCUACUGAGGUACAGUUGAGAUAAAGAGGUGGGCAUUUAUGGAGCGAAGCCGGUGGUGGUGGAGACAUUUCCCUCUCAAAGUGAAAACUGAAAACCACCACACUAGAAGAUGAAUCCCAAAGGACAUAAGAGGUUAAACUUUGAACAUUCAUGUGAGGCCCUUAAUUCAGUGUCGGCCAUGCCACAGCCACAGCCAUUAUAUAACCACCACACCCUUCUGCUUCUCCAUCUCAACUAACUCUCACAUCUCUGCAACAAAUCCAGAAUACAGACAAUGAUUCCCCUUUCUCGAGGAGGGGCAGCACCUUUGUGCCUGCUUCUGCUCUUCUCUGCCACUCUCUGCCAUGCUCAGAAGACAGCCCAGGUCCUCGUCGUUGGUGCUGGAGAAUGUGUCGAUUGCGCCAAGUCUGCACUCAAGCCCAGUCAGGCCUUCUCAGGGCUUGAAGUGACAAUUGACUGCAAGCCACCAAAUGGUGAGUUCAAAACUAAGGGGGUUGGUAAACUUGACGUGGAAGGCAAGUUCACAGUGUCUCUCCCUAGUGACCUUGUGACACAAGAUGGGAAGAAGCUUAAACAAGAAUGCUACGCGCAGCUCCACAACCCUGCCGCCGCAGUGCCCUGUGCAGCCCACGGCGGGCUGGACUCGACCAAGGUCGUGUUCAACUCACAAAAGAACGCGUUCGAGCUCUCCGGCGGGAAGCUCAAAUUCUCGCCGGAGGUCUGCUCGUCGGCUUUCUUUUGGCCUUACUUCAAGCACCCGCCCUUGCCUAAAUUCCACCUCCCUCCAUUGAAAUCCUUCCACCACUCUUUCCAUUUCCCUCCUCUCCCUCCGAAAGUCUUCCCUCCCUUCCCGCCCAAGUAUACUCAUCCACCAGCGGUUCUCCCACCACCGGCUGUGGUCACGCCGGUGCCAGAGCCGCCGGUCGUUGUCAAGCCUCCUUCCAUCCCCAAGCCGGCUCCCAAGCCGCCGGUCAUUGUCAAGCCUCCUUCCAUCCCCAAGCCGGCUCCCAAGCCGCCGGUCGUGGUCAAGCCUCCCUCAGUUCCGAAGCCGGAGCCCAAGCCUCCGGUCGUGGUCAAGCCGUGCCCACCAAAGGCCCCCAUUGUCAAGCCGAAGCCGCCACCAAUGGUUAAGCCGUGCCCUCCAAAGGCCCCAAUCGUCAAGCCGCCAUCGGUCCCGAAGGAGUUACCGCCGCCGGUGCCGAUCUACAAGCCGACUCCCCAUCCCCCGAUUUACCACAAGCCGCUGCCGCCGAUCCCCAAGGUCCCGAUCUAUAAGCCGACCCCGCAUCCGCCAAUCUACCACAAGCCGCUGCCGCCGUUCCCUAAGGUUCCGAUCUAUAAGCCGACCCCGCAUCCACCAAUUUACCACAAGCCGCUGCCGCCGUUCCCCAAGGUUCCGAUCUAUAAGCCGACCCCGCACCCGCCAAUCUACCACAAGCCGCUGCCGCCGUUCCCAAAAGUCCCGAUCUAUAAGCCGAUCCCCAAGCCGCCGGUAGCUCUCCCGCCAUUCCCAAAGUUGCCGCCUUUCCACAAGAAGAAGCCAUGCCCACCACUCCCCAAGCUACCUCCGUUCCCCAAGCUGCCACCCAAGCAUAAGUUUGGAAGCUGGCCUCCUCUCCCACCUUACUCCCCAAUUCAUUAGAGUUCUACUUUGAUCGAUUCUCUAUAAUUAUUGUUGUUGUUAUUUUAUUACUAAGUGGAGGUUCUGAAGUUGAAGCACUGCAAGAAAUAAGAAAACUGAACUAGGCUACCGUGGAGAAGAUGGGAAGACGCAAAAGGAUUGAGAUUUGGAUUACUAUUUUCUUAAAGGGUUUGUUUGGAUUCCAUUAUUUGUUUCUGGGAACGGUUUUAGAGUUGUAAAUUAGUUAUUACUGUUUAUUUUGUUUACUUGAUUACUGCAUGUUGGUGGAGUUCCUGCUUUUGGAUCAUUGUGUUGAAUGUUCUAAUAAAUCAUUUUCCUACCUUGAGGUCCAGAUUUUUAUUUUAUGUUCUGAUUUGUGAGAUCGUUUCAUGCUUCGUUGUUCCAACAUUGUCUUUGACAUUCGUUUCCACUUGAUUUUACGUGCUUUGAUUGCUCUAAUUAACCUUAAAUCAUG